UAUGUCCGGAAAAAAAGAUAAAGCAGAGACUCACAAAAACAGUUAUCUAUGUUUUAUGGCUCUAUAAAUAUAUUGAAAUUAACAACAACAGACAUUAAGUAGUUAUUUAGAGUCGUGGUCAAACAUACAACUAAAUUUUAGCUUGAAUUUUUCUAAACUGGCAACACUGCGGCUAGAUGUGAUGCACAGCACCAGCACCAAAUUCGCGGAUUUAGAUGUUCGCUCCUCUGCGCGCCCUGGAAAUAAACAAAACCAUAUAGUGGAAGUGGAGAGAGCCUUGCUGAGCUUAGUGCACGUGUGGCAGGAAGGCAACAGUCAGCAAAUCUUCCCCACAGAGGAUUUAAUGAUCGAGUGGGUUUCUGGCUGGCAGAGGCGAGUGCGAUAAGAGCGGAUAAGGCAGAGGGAAGUCCAAAUCUUCCCAUUACUGCGCAUUACGUUGUGGUCAAGCAGCAACUAACUCUCAAGAGUCGGGUGUCAGAGCGUCGAUCUACCUCAUAGAGAGCAGCAGCACCACGGACUCCAGCGCGAUGUCGACGGCACGCAACUCCACAGACCCACCAAGCCUGACCGUUUUGCUGGCCACAGCAAAUAUAAACGAUAACAACAACGGUAGCAGCAACAACAAAAACGGACGCAGCCGAAGCAGCAGUGCGACCAAGAACAACAACCUUACACCGAGAAAAUAUAUGGCCCCUGGCUCAUCCAAUUCCUUCAAAAUGUGCCCUCCCGGAAGUGCAGGAAAGACAGCCAAUCACUCCAACACUAACAACAACAAACAACUAAUCUCGAUCUGCCAGCGCGUCCAGUCGGGUCAAAAAGUCAUGAUCAUAAUGCGGGGACCGUCUGGCAGUGGGAAAUCCACUCUGGCCGAGAGUUUACUCCGUCAAAGUCGCCUCCUCGAUCGCUACGCUGUCACGGACUUUGUUCUCAGCACGGACGACUAUUUUAAAAACCGCCGUGGAUACGAAUUUAAUCCCACUCUCCUGCCAGCCGCCCACGACUGGAACAAGGAAAGGGUGCGCGAGAAGGCCGUUCGAGGCUGGAGUCCCAUCAUCGUGGACAAUACCAAUACGAUGAUCUGGGAGAUGAUGCCCUACGUACAGAUUGCUGUGCAAAAUGGAUACCUUCUAGAGCUGCUUGAGCCACAGACCAGCUGGUGCAAAUCUGCCAGCAAGCUGGCCCAAAAGAACAGCCACCAAGUGCCCCGUGAGAGCAUACAGCGGAUGCUGGAGCGUUUCGAGCGUGCUAAAGCGGAAGAUCUUGUACAGAUGCUAAAGGACACCAAGUAUACAGUGACACUGCCACAACUCCGACAAUGCCCGCCGCUACCAUCCGUUCCCGUUGUUUGUGCUUUGAAUGAAGGCGGUGCACCGGAACCAGAGGCGUCACCUCCGCGAGACGAUUCCAAAAACAUCAAGCUGAACGCCAAUGCUUCGAGCUGGGUGCCCUAUGAGCAGGGGGCGCCUUCCUACUGGUCCCAGACUGGUUCCAAUACUUUGGAGGCAGCAGCUCCGGCCACUCCUUCUGUAGCUUCUUGCGACAAAUCGUUGAUCGAACUGCUUCGGGACGAGAGCGCGUCAGGGGAGACGUCCCCAGGGGCGGAGGAAAGCGAAUCAAAACCGUUUCAGCGCCAUGGCCUUAAUUGUCCAAAUGAGCCAGCUGGCUUCGCCCUGCUGCGCCAAAUGUAUCCCAAUAAGCAGCUAAGUGGUCUUUGGGACCUUUUCGUAAAGUGCAAGGCGGACGUGGACUGGGCCGUGGAUAUCCUUCUCAAGGAAGACGAACUAAACGCCCAGACGGCAUCAGAUCCGUUUGGCAUGGAAGCGCCUCUAAGUCCAGAGGAGCUUGCCCAGUUUCAGUGCGACUGCCGAGGGCCUUCACUUCCAGCUGCACAAGCCCCCGAGCAGGCCCCACUUUCGCCAUUAACCACCAAGCUGGUCCCGAAGCCACAGCGACAGUCGCGCAGCAAGCGGAACGCCUCGACCAACAACAAGGAGUUGCAGAUUCAGAUCCAAAACUGUUUUGUUUUAGGCGACGACCAGUAUUCGGAACACACGCGCAAGAUUCGCGACAUUCGCAACGGAAUCCUUGAUCAGCCCAUUUUGUCUGAGCCAGAGGUGCCGGAGGAGACGGAACCGGAAGAGGAUGAAUGUGAGGACAAUACCUUGAUGGAAAUGGAAUUGGAUCCGAGUCUCAUCCAGCAGCUGCGCGCCCAGUUCCAUACGGAAGACGAAAUGCUGCCGUCGGAGCAGGAUGUUCCUACUGCCACCAAAGUUUUUGUGCCUCUCCAGCUGGCCAACCAACUGUACAUGCUAUGGCGGGAGGCGGUCUACAACCAACUGGAGGAGCAGCGGCAGCGCACACUGCGGGACGACGAGCAGUUCGCCCGCUUGCUGAAGCAUCCCGGCUACGCCGAGUGUAGUGAGUCGCCCAGCAAUGUCGGGGAGCUACUGGACAUGGAGCUAGCCUGGAGCAUCUACAACAGUGAACAGCUGGCCGCAAAGCAGACGGCUGAACUGGCAGCUCGCCAGCAGGCUCCCAACGAUAUUGCCACCCACCUGACGAAGAUGAAGCUUUGCGAGAAGUUCCCCGACAUACCGAGCGAUACCGUUUUAGAGAUCUUCGCGGCCACGGGAAGCAACUAUGGCCGGACAAUCGAAGUUCUGGACAGCAACGCUCAAAGCUCUCUCAGUGAGGCCGAGCUCUACGAGCAGGCUGUCCGUGAGGGUGAAAAGCUGAGUGCCCAGGUGGCGAUUGAGGAGCAGAAGCAUCAGGAAGAGCAGCAGAAACUUCAGAACUCCUUCGGUCAGGCACAACCCUCCAGUUCCAAUUCAUCCUCAAACCGGUCACCUCUGCUCCACGAGGAGGCCAAGUGUGCCGCUCUGCGGGAUUUCGAGGAGACUCGCAACUUAGCCGCCCACCACUCGCAGCUAAAGGCAGAAUGCUACCUUAAAGCCAAGCAAGCGGUGCAGCGCGGCAACGGAAGCGUAGCCCUCUACUAUUCGGAAAUAGCCAAACUGCACAAGCAGAAGAUCGACGUGUUCAACCAACGGGCGGCCAACUGCAUUAUGGAAGUGCACCGCCACACGCAAAACAAUCCGGAUCUGCUGGACUUGCACUACCUACAUACCGUAGAGGCGGUUAGCUGCUUGGAUCUUUUCAUUGAUAGGCACAUUACCGUCCUGCGCAACUGUACGAGGGUCUACAAGCACGUCUUCAUCAUCACUGGCCGCGGCUUGCACAGCGCCAACGGCGUCUCCACCAUUAAGAACCGAGUGAAGGCUAGGCUCGGCGAGCGUCGAUUGCGGUGGCAGGAGGUCAACCCAGGACUGCUGCGCGUCAAAGUGUUCUCGGCGUCGCGCCACUCCAAGAACUUCUGAUGGGGCGUUAUGGGAGUCGCAUAGGAGUAGGGACGAUGAACAGAGAAGCAAUUGUGCUACCUCCAGCCGAAAUCCUAAUUCGAUUUUGUACCAAAGCUUACAAACCUCGUAGUGGACUGAUCCUUGCUCUCCUAUCCUACCGGCUGCCUUACUUACUUGCGUAUGUGUUCUUGAUGCUUCGAACAACAUUCCCGCUUUUUCGGAUUUUCAGCCCAAUCUGUCUUUGUAAUUUAAGGAUUUUGUACUCAUUUUAAGUUUUUUUCCAGCUUCCAAAUUAGGAUUCGCGUCAAACGAGAAUUCGUCGUACAAAUGUUAAAGUGGUGCUGAAAGAGUUGCUUGAAACUCGAGUAUCUUCCAAAGGGAUAUCUAUAGGUACAUCUAGAUUACAUAUGUAUUUUUGUACUCAGUUUUACCCGAAUCACCACCAUAUAGACUUAAGCUAAUAGUAAUCUUUAAAUAAUCAUUAAAGCUUAGUUUUAGAAAUAAACGUUUUUAUUUUUUUA